CAGUGGUCAACCUCGAUCAAUUUAACACCCAACAUGAACAAGAGAGCAGAGCAGCAGAAGAGAAGAGCCAAAUAGGAAACAUAGUGGUGAAACAAAAUUUGCAGCAUAUCCCAAAAUCAAAUCUUUGUGAUUUCAUCAUUCUUAUUACUCAGAUUAGAUUCUACCCCCAUUGAUUUCCCGCCAAAAAUGUAAUAGAAAUCCCCCGUCUAAGCGUCGCCGGCAACCGCCAGUGUUCUCUGUUCUGCAUCUACGCCCAUGGAAUCCAGCUCCGCCCACUUCACAGAUAGGAGAAGCUCGGAUACUGAUUCUAAGAUUGAAGAAUGCGUGAACAAUGCAUACCCUCUAAGAAUGUUGAUGCCUGUGAUGAAUGUUGCUAGCACAGAUAAUGGAGAGUCGAUUCUUGAACCAUAUGUGGGGUUAGCUUUUGAUUCAGCAGACGGUGCGCGUGAGUUUUAUACUAUUUAUGCUGCAAGAAUGGGAUUUAAAGUUCGGAUUGGUCAGUUGUAUCGGUCAAGAACAGAUGGUUCAGUAUCUGCUCGGAGAUUUGUUUGCUCCAAGGAGGGAUUUCAGACUAGUACACGGACAGGCUGUGCAGCAUUGAUAAGGGUGCAAAGACGCGAUUCUGGGAAGUGGGUUAUAGACCUUUUCCUGAAGAAUCACAAUCAUGAUCUUGGACCUACAGAGGGAAACCAUUCUCUAAUUUCCCAGCAGAAGAUUCUGAUAGCUAAACCUGAUGGAGUGUUCCAAAGGCCAAGAAGCAAGUUGAUUGAGGAAGUUGAGGAUGGACGACCUUGCCCAUCUGGUGAAAUUACUGCCAAACGCUCUAAACUGAAUGGGGAUGCCAAACUGAAUGGGGAUGAAAUGCAUUGCGAAAUUGAAUUAUCUGCAGGUCGAGAGUUCAAUUCAGCCAACGAAGCAUACCAAUUUUAUCAUGCAUAUGCAGAAAACUCUGGAUUCAGGAUCAGGAUUGGUCAACUGUUUCGUUCAAAGGUUGAUGGAUCAAUUACUUCCCGACGUUUUGUAUGCUCAAGGGAAGGUUUUCAGCACCCAUCAAGAGUUGGAUGUGGAGCUUUUAUGAGGAUUAAGAGACACGAAUCUGGAAGGUGGGUGGUGGAUCGUCUUGAAAAACAGCAUAACCAUGAGCAUGAGUCUCGGCAGGAAGUUCAAAAGAAAAAUCUUUCUGCUUCAAAAAAGUUCAUAGAGGAGGAGAAUGGCGGGCUGGAUGAUGAAGAUAUUGUUGACAUAAACAAUGAGAACCUUGUUAACAGACGUCGAGACAAUCACAUUGGAAGCGACUGGUACAGUGUGCUAUUCGAAUAUUUUCAAACCAAACAAGCUGAAGAUGCAGGAUUCUUUUAUGCAGUAGAAGUAGAUAAUGGUACUUGCAUGAGUAUUUUCUGGGCUGAUGGGAGGUCUAGAUUUUCAUGCACUCAGUUUGGUGAUGCCAUAGUUUUUGACACCUCAUAUCGUAAAAGUAUAUAUUUGGUUCCAUUUGCCACUUUCAUUGGAAUCAACCACAACAGGCAACCGGUGCUUCUUGCUUGUGCCCUAAUAGCUGAUGAAUCUGAAAAGUCUUUCACUUGGUUGUUUCAAACAUGGCUCAAUGCAAUGUCAGGGUGCCGUCCUCGGUCAAUAAUAGCGGAUCAAGAUAAUUUUAUCCAGCAAGCCAUCAUCCAGGUCUUUCCAGGAGCCCAUCAUCGUUUCUCCAUGUGGCAGAUAAAGGCAAAAGAAUGUGAACAUCUAAGUUUGGUGCACAGUUAUUUUCAAUUUGAAUAUGAAAAAUGCAUCAAUCAGUCUCAAACAACUGAUGAAUUUGAUACAGCAUGGAAUGCACUCAUCUGCAGGUAUGGGUUGAAGGACAAUACUUGGUUGAAAGGCAUGUAUGACAAGCGUGAAUGUUGGGUCCCUUUAUACUUAAGAGCUAUAUUCUUUGCUGGCAUCCCCUUGAAUGGAAAAAUAGAAUCAUUCUUUGGUACACGUCUGAAUGGGCAAACACCACUUAUGGAGUUUGUUCCACGAUAUGAAAAAGGUCUUGAACGACGUCGUGAAGAAGAACUAAAAGAGAAUUUUAACUGUUCCAUCUUGAAUGCCUACUUGCAGACAAAAGAACCAGUAGAAGAACAAUGCAGAAGGCUGUAUACACUGAACAUCUUCAGGAUAUUUCAGAAAGAACUUCUACAAUCCUUUAGUUACCUAGGAUUUAAGAUUUAUGAAGAAGUGGAUAUUGUAAGGUAUUUGGUCCGCAAAUGUGGGAAUGGCGAUGAUGACAAAUCCACAGUCACCAUAAGUGCAUCCAAUCACAAUGUGAGGUGUAGCUGUCAAAUGUUUGAAUUUGAAGGUGUACUCUGUCGUCAUGUGUUGAGAGUCUUUCAAAUAAUGGAGAUUAAGGAAGUUCCAUCUCACUAUAUCUUAUGCCGCUGGAGAAAAAAUGCUGAAUAUGGCCUGCCUUCUUAUUCUGAAUCAGGUGGCAACCCUCAAGAAGUUAAUGCCUCAAUAAUAUGGAGUUUGAGGGAAGAAGCCUGUAAAUACAUAGACGCCGGGGCAACAUCUCUUGAGAAGCACAAAGUUGCGUUUGAAAUUUUGCAUGAAGGUAGAUUAAAACUUGGUUGCCCCCCAAGGUGAGUGCCUGAAACAAAGGUCAGUCAGUCCUAUUGAUAAAUUUUGUAGUGCUUCUUUGAUUUUAUUAUUAGUUGGUCUCGGUUGUGUAAUGAAAGACUAUUGAGGCUUGGAUAAUUUUACAGUUGGCUGUGAUAUCAAAACUUAGUAAAUAUUGUAUUAUGCAGAUUACCAUUGUUCCUUUUUGCUAAGUAAUUUAUUCCAAGAACACUCAUUUUGAACAGGCUGGAGACAGUAAUUUUGAAAUUACGAAGUUGAAUAUUGUAUCCUGAUUUGGUGGUGCUUAGUUGUUAAUUUUCGUUCUUAAAAAUUUUGGCACUUUUUGAACUUCUUUAUCAUCAAUAGAGUAAGGAAGGGAGAAGGAAAAAUAAAUAAAGAGAGGAGAUAGAGAAAGAAAGGAGGAUGACAAUUUGGCCAUUGCUACAAGUUUGGGAAUUGAAGAUAAAAGAUAGACAAAAGCAUCUCACAAUUGUUUCUACAUGAGAUUCGAGAAGCUUGGGUAGAUUGGGCUUGAAGAAAAGCAAUAUUUUACAUGAAUAGAGUAGAAGAGGCUUGAAUUUGAGGAGGCAAAGUAAUGGAGAAGAGGGAGUAGUGAUAUAUGCUGGGCUGUGGUUCUGCGGUUUUGACUUGGAUUACUGCGGAAUAUCUUCAGGUCUAUGACACAACUCCAUACAUAAGUGCUCACUUGUAUAUUGAUUUCAUAUCAGAUGUAAGCCUACGAUACUCUGCAUCCAUAAAUCCUCAUUUGUUCACCUUUUAAUCUUUUGUAAGUGCAUGGUUUGGUUCCCAUACAAGGAAAAGUGAAGAAAAUAUAAUCAUCUAUUUUUCUUGAGAUUUAUUUUCUUUUAUGAUUCUUAGCAUUGAUUUUAUAGACUUGGAAAAUUACGACCAUGGAUCAGAAUCCAUUUUCAUAGUAAUGCUGGAAUAUGAUGUUUCUAGCUGGGAAUUUCCAGGGAAAUUUCUUUCCAUUUUUCUUAUGGAUCAGUUCAAUGGUAGGUGUAGUUAUUUUGGAAGGCCUGUUCUGUCAAGAUUCAUGUAUACACUUGAUAUGUAUUUACUUCGGUUCACUACCUUAAGUGGCCAAGUACAAUGUAACUUCUGGUGUUUGCUAGGUUUAUGUGCAACCAAGCUAGUAAUUAAACAAGUCGAUGCAUAUCUGAAUCCUUGUUUUCAUAAUUUAUUUCAAUUGUCAGGCUAUAUUUUCCUUCACAUUUCCAGAAUUGUUUGUUGUUCAAUCAUAUUCGCAACUGAGUUGUACGAUUCCUGUCUUUUGUAUAAUCGAGUCCUGAAGUUUUGGCAAGGAUGCUUGGGAAAGUUCUGUCAUUUUGUUCUUGAUCAUUACCUCCACAGCUGCCAUAGGUGGAGGUGGAGAACGUGGCGGAGAUGAAGGUGGAGGAAGUGGAAGCGGAGGUGCAAUGGAAUCUGUAGGAGCUGGAGGUGGAGGCGGAGGACGCAGUGGUGGCCGUGGAAAUGCAUACGUGAGCAGCUCUUCCGAAAUGACGACGUCUUUUACAAGUAUUCUGACUUCAACAGUGUUUGGUUACAUGACCUUACUUUACUUGCUGAUCAGAGCCCCUUGAGGCCUUGAUUCAUACAAGAACCCAAACGAUCAAAUAAUGCAUCUUAAGAAUGUUAAUCAUCAGU